CGGUCUGCAGGAGCGGUCUCGCUGUGAUGACGCCACCUCCGAGCGCCUCCCGGGCCAAGAAGCCUCCGCCGCCCGGCAUGGCCCAGUUGGGCGCCAUCGCGGCCCUGGCCCUCAGCUUCCUCGCCGCCGCUUUCCUCUCCGCCAUCCACAAGAUCGAGGAGGGACACAUCGGCGUUUAUUACCGCGGCGGAGCUUUGCUGACCUCCACCAGCGGGCCCGGCUUCCACCUCAUGCUGCCCUUCAUCACGUCCUACAAGUCAGUGCAGACCACGCUGCAAACGGAUGAGGUGAAAAACGUGCCCUGUGGGACCAGUGGGGGAGUGAUGAUUUAUUUUGACAGAAUCGAGGUGGUGAAUUUCCUCAUCCAGAGUGCAGUGUAUGACAUUGUGAAGAACUACACUGCUGACUAUGACAAAGCCCUCAUCUUCAACAAGAUCCACCACGAGCUGAACCAGUUCUGCAGUGUCCACACCCUCCAGGAGGUUUACAUUGAGCUUUUUGAUCAGAUUGAUGAAAACCUGAAACUGGCUUUGCAACAAGACUUAACUACUAUGGCCCCUGGCUUGAUCAUACAGGCAGUUCGAGUUACAAAGCCAAACAUCCCUGAAACAAUCCGGAGGAAUUAUGAGCUCAUGGAGAGUGAGAAGACAAAGCUUCUGAUUGCAGCCCAGAAGCAGAAGGUGGUGGAGAAGGAAGCAGAGACAGAAAGGAAAAAAGCCCUCAUUGAGGCAGAAAAAAUUGCCCAAGUUGCUGAAAUAACUUAUGGACAGAAAGUGAUGGAAAAGGAAACAGAGAAGAGAAUUUCAGAGAUUGAAGAUGCUGCAUUCCUGGCAAGGGAGAAGGCCCGAGCUGAUGCUGAGUGCUACACAGCCAUGAAAAUAGCUGAGGCCAACAAGCUGAAGUUAACUCCUGAGUACUUGCAGCUGAUGAAAUACAAAGCAAUUGCAGCAAACAGCAAGAUCUAUUUUGGCAAAGAUAUUCCCAACAUGUUCAUGGACUAUGCAGGAAGCCAGACCAAAUUUGCAGAGGGAUUUGCAGAAGGACUCCAAGAAGAAGAUGGAACCAGUGAGGACCCAAAAGUUCCUUCCUAAUGUUCCCUGAAAAGGUUUUUUUUUUUUUUGGUUCAUUACCAGACAAAAACAGGAACUUGGGAAGUUGCUGUUUGGUUUCCCCUUUUCUUCUACUGAAAGAGGAAUCAGACUCAAAUCCUUUCCACCUUUUAUAUGACAAUUAGACACAAAGACUUUGGUAUUUAUAAAUAAAUAUAUCUAUAGGGGGUGGGUUUUCUAGUAACUUGUCAGGCAGGCAGCUCCAGGUAGGUCCUAGAUCCACCUCUCCCUCUUGGACACAGAGACCAAAUGAUGCUGGAGGAGCUUCUUAGGUUGUUCUGCAGCCAGCUUAGAGAGCACCUAAUUCAGUAAUUAUGGAUUUUUAGGUGGUUUGUAAUAAAUUUAGACAUUUUGGAGCCAGGAGAUUUGCUGCUACAACUUGGAGGAGUUUUUUUUUUUUGUUGUUUUCUCAUUGGAAACUCCCAGGACUUUUAUUUCAACCCCUUUUAAAAACAGGUGCUAGACUUGAGAACACUACAAGGUCUGAAGGCCCCAGGCUUUGUCUGAAAAUCCUCCAAACUGAGGAUUUUCUGCAUCUUGACACUAUUUUUGGGGUGGUUUUUUGCCAUAUUCAGGUUGUGGUUGGAGGCAUUUUUCCUGCUGAGCUCAGAAUCCCAGUGCAAACCUGGCCCCAGCCAUCCUGCUUGGAGAAACUUAAGAGAUUUAGACUCAGGGAGUCUGAUUUUUUGCAAAAAAAAGAAAUGAAAAUAAAAAUUUCCUGGGGGAGCAGCUGGGCUGAGCAGUGCUUGAAAGAAGAUUCAGGGAAACUGAGGCAAAGGGAGCCAAGUUACUGUUCAGUGUGGGGUUUUCUUAGCUGCAAAGUAGUGAUAGGGUUUGUUUGACACCCAUUUAAAACUUGAGGGGGUGAUAAAGACAAAAGUCCAGACUUAGAAAGGACUUUUUGGAUGGUUUUUUUCUUACCCUAACCCAUCUGCUACUUGGCAGGAGAGCUUCUUUAUUAAUUACUUAUCAUUUGCAGCCAGCAGACUAAUGAGGGAUGAUGCAAGCAAGUGCUAAUUAAGUUUUCAGAGCCUGUUGCAUUUGCAGUCUUGCACCCCAAACUCUUGGUUUUAAAUAUUAAUUAUUCUUUUUAAGAAGGCAGCCACACUACCCAUCUGACUCAUUCCAGCUCUUGGUGCCAAUAUUUUUAUUUUUUUCCCUGUUUUUUCUCCUGACUGAGACCUGCAGAAUUGAAGAUCAGCACCAGUUUCUGCUGGAGAAGAAUCCUCUGUCUUCUGUUUGUCUUCUUUGUAGCUCUUGGGAAGCAGCAGGUCAGGAAAAUUCCCAAAAAAAUUGACUUUUAGCAGCAGGAAUUUAGGAAUGACACAAGUGGUACCUAAGUGGUUGAGGAUGAUCUUACUUGGCAGGGUUCUACAUUCCUGUUGGAGAGUUCCAUGAGUAACUACAACCUCCUUUUUAGGCAAGUGUUCUUCCUUCAAGAUCCACCCAAAUAAGCCAAAAAGGGUAUUAUUAUCCAGUGUGUUUCAUGGGAAGAUCAUAGCUUAGAAGAAAAAGGUCUUCAGUAUUUUUUUUUUUAAUAAAAGUAUUUUUUUUGUAAUUUAAUCAAUUUUGAUGAGUUUAUUAAAAACAAAAAGCUACAAUCAUGCCCCACUCUUCACAAGCAAAAUCCAUUUUGUCUGCAUUGAGUUUUGUUGUUAUUUCUUUUAAUCUUCCAGAGCAGAUUUGUCACUACAUCUAAACCUUUUUUUUUUUUUUUUUCCCACCUCUGUCAUUAACCAAGAUUUUUGUCCUAAUUUCCACAGCCUGAAAUCAUGAAAUAAUAAUCUGAAUUUUAAACCUACUCUGCCUAACAAAGAAAACACAGCUUUGUGGCAUUGCUGCUACCCAGGGAUGGCUGUUGGGAACAGAGUGAUCUGAGAUCUUAUGUGUUGAGUUAAAAGCCUUUUUAUUUUGGUAUUUGCUAUGACAAUAAAAUAGCCUUCAAUUUUA